UCCGUAGUAAAUUCUUUCGAUCUCAAAUACCUUUCUUAACAAAGCCGCCAUUCCCAAUUAAAAAAAAAAACUGCUGUUUCAUACGGAGUAUUCUCAAACUCUAGUUUCUCUGUUCUGGGCAUGAGUUUCUAUUUGUAGCGUUCGUAACUCUAGCUUUUCGGCAUCAUCGUGUAAGGUGAAGGGAAUGCAAGUCUUGUGCACCUGUGAUUGGAACCUCUGGAGGAAUAAUAUCUUUCUGGAAGAAAAAGAACUAACUGGGAUUUUGCCUGGCGGAAGGCGGUGGAAAUAUACCGUCUUUGCAUCACCCUAGUCAUGGAUUUCAGAGACAACACAAAGCCAGCUAGUGUCCCACCACUGGGUCUUAUUUAUAGUGGAUACAGUGGCAAAAGCUCUGCAGAAGAUCUAGCAUGGGCCGAUUCCUGCCUUUGUCCAGAUGCUGAACUAUCACAGGGUGGCUUGAAUUCAUUCGGAAAUGCCUUUGCCUUUUUAGGGAUUCAUGGUUCCAAACUGAAUUCUUCUUUUGAAGAAAAUGGUGAAUUUCGUGAAACGGGUGAAAGAAAGUUUUUUCUCAACAAAAAGGGUAGAAACUCACAAGUGUUAGAUGAAAUAACAACCUGUGAUCCUCUAAGAAAUGAACAAGAGGGGUUAAACAUGAUAGAUUAUGAUCAGAUCAGUGAAACAAGUGAUACUUUCAACACAAAAUUUGACUUGGAUAACGUUUUCCUUCCUACGUACAAUGAAAACCAGAUGAUAUUCGCAACUGUUGAUCCUGAGCUAGACUCGAUCUUUCCAGCAUUUGUGGAGGACCAGCCAGCUGAUAACAUCUUUAAGGUGUGGGAACUAGACAUCCCAGACGAGGAAGAUGAACUCAUUGGACAAGUGAAAAUAGCCGUAGCUGAGAGCGCCUUAGAACCUGAAGCUGCUGUCUCUAAAUGUUCUGGAGUGUGGAUAGAAUCGGAUGCUUCAUCACUUGAUGAUCUCAUUUCAGGCAUUGAUGACCUGUCUUUGAGCAGGGAGUCCAGCUAAAGGCUAAUCGAUGAUCUCAUUAUUUUAGUUAUGCUAAUUCUAUGUUAUGAUUUUUAUCGCAUAGCCCUACUUAUGUCGGGAGUUCAUUGCAAUAUAUCUAGAGAGCAACGAUUUUACCCAUGUGCAUGAUUAUUCUACUUGUGAAUCAUUAUCAAAAGAUCUUUUAUUAUUUUGUAUCAUGUCAUCUACUCAAUGACAAAUGAUCAUGGCACAAUAGCCCCUCUAGAGGGACUAAGCGUGAAGCUCAAUACUCUUAAUCAAGAUUUGUUUCUCGUUAAAUCUCUGAUCAAAUGAUGUGGUAGCUGAAAUGGACGAGGAAGCGGUCAUUGCGGCUGUCUGGAAUCCCGUGAUGAAAACUGGAAAGGGAAGGUGAGAAGGUGAGGCUUGUUGAGACUGUCAGGGGCUUCUUCAAGACUGUUUGGGGGCUUACAUUACACCAUACUCUGCUAGAGAGAAACACAUGUGCGGACUUCCUAGCCUUUGGCGCUCCACAAGGGUUAAUUUUUCAUCAUCCUUGUUUUGAUUUCUUUCCAUUACACCAAAGCAAAAGGGGUUUUAUACACAAACUGAGUUGUUAAGAUUUAAUGUUCCAUUCUAAAAGGUGAACCUAAUAGGAUUAUAGGGAGAACAAUUCAAAAUUUUAAUAUAGCACUUUAUUACUUCUAAAUUUACCGGUGUAGGACUUCAAC